AACCUCCCAAAAACCUCUCUUCAUCAAAUGACUUUAUCUACUCUUCAUCUUCCUCAUCCCCUGAUUAUAACUUCCCAGAAACUUCACCGUUCUGCAUCCUUCAGAGCUUCAAACUCUUUAUCUAUUAAUGUCGCAUUUUCCAUUAGAAGAAGAGCUUCAUCCUUGGCUGUCUCGGCCAAAGCCGCUUCUUCUUCUUCGCUUUAUACGGCAACAACAACACAAAUCCAAGAACAGGAAGAAUAUCACCAUGGUGUCAACAUAGCGGAGGACGUAACCCAGUUGAUUGGGAGAACACCAAUGGUAUAUCUCAACAGAGUUACGGAGGGUUGUGUCGCAAAUGUUGCCGCUAAACUUGAAUCUAUGGAACCUUGCCGUAGUGUCAAGGAUAGAAUUGGUUAUAGUAUGAUAUCUGAGGCUGAAGAAAGUGGAGCGAUUUCUCCUGGGAAGACUGUAUUAGUUGAACCAACUACUGGGAAUACAGGACUUGGUAUCGCUUUUGUUGCAGCAGCCAGGAGAUACAAACUUAUAGUCACCAUGCCUGCAUCCAUAAACAUUGAAAGAAGGAUACUUUUACGUGCAUUUGGGGCAGAAAUUGUUCUGACUGACCCAGAGAAAGGUCUGAAAGGAGCAGUUGAUAAAGCUGAAGAAAUUGUUCUGAGGACACCAAAUGCCUUCAUGUUUCAGCAGUUUGAUAAUAUGGCUAACGUAAAGAUCCAUUUUGAUACUACAGGACCGGAAAUAUGGGAGGAUACUUUGGGUUGUGUUGACAUAUUUGUUGCUGGAAUUGGAACUGGUGGUACUGUAACUGGGACUGGGAAAUUCUUGAAAAUGAUGAACAAAGAAAUCAAGGUAGUUGGUGUUGAACCUGCAGAAAGGAGUGUGAUAUCUGGAGAAAACCCAGGUUAUGUGCCAAGCAUCUUGGAUGUUAAACUGCUUGAUGAGGUUAUCAAGGUUACCAAUGAAGAAGCUGUUGAACUGGCGAGGAGAUUAGCACGUGAGGAAGGUUUGCUGGUUGGAAUUUCAUCGGGAGCUGCUGCAGCUGCAGCAAUCAGCUUAGCAAGAAGACCUGAGAAUGCUGGAAAACUUAUUUCGGUUAUAUUUCCAAGCUUUGGUGAGAGGUACAUUCCCACUGUUCUUUUUAAUUCCAUAUACGAAGAGGUCAAGAAUAUGCAACAAAGAUAGGGUGAUUUCAUCUCCUUCCAUUCGAGACGAUCAAGUUUUCCACAGAAUUGAGUUGCUUUCAUCCCUAAAGAGUGGAUGUACAUGUUACAUAUAGGUAGGUAACCAAUUCGACAAAUCCUUAGUCACUCUUCCCGAAUUAGUUGUUCAUCUUUUGUCCCAGGUGCUAGUUUUCAUAUCAGAGGUCAGAUUGCAUCUAGUUGCAGAAUUUUUUUAGCAGAAAAUUAGUUUUUAUGAGAUUUUGUACUUAAUCAUUAGUUUAGGCAUUCAUUUUUUCUUGAUAAUUCUUUUAAGGUCCGAUAUUUGGAGGUCAAAGGCAAUGUGUGGUUUCAUUUGUUAAUUUAUCUUGAAGCUUAAGAAACUAAUUAAGAUGGAGAAGUUGUCAAUGUGUAGCAAAAUUUGGUGUUUACUUGUAAAUUG